AUUAUGGUGUUUGUGAACAAUGGUUAAAACCUACACUAUAGAUUGUAUACUAUAUAAAUAAGAUGAAAGUGUUUGAUGAUAAUGAUAGAUAAUAGGAAUGGGAGAAGUGCAUACAGAUUAUAAGACAUUAGAACUAUAUAUAUUACAAGUUGAGGAGAAACUUGGAUCUGUUCUCAGUCAUAAAGAUGUUGAAAAUAAUAAAAGUGAAGUGGAUAUGGUUAUUUCACCGUUUAAUCCCCCUAAAUCCACAUCUAAUCUUAAUGAGGAUUAUAUAAUUAACAAUAAGAUGGAUAACUCUGAUCAAAAUAUUGAGCUGGUCACGACAGAAAAUAAGGAUCUACAGUUACCAGAGAUUAUUUCUGAUUGUGAAGAAAUACCAGUUCCAUCCAUUGCUAAAUCACAACAACUCAUUGCAUCCACAUUACUCAAGCAAAAUGAAGCCAAACACUGCAGUUUGGGUGAUGAACCAGUCAAAGAAAGGGAGAUAACUCCACUAGUCAUAGUAUCAGAAAAUCAUAGCGAUGUCAACAAUGCUAAGGAAACCAAAGACCAACAAACAGAUACAAAUGAUAUGUGCAAUAGUGAUAAAUUAAUGGAUGUAGCUGAAGCCCAAAUUGUACCCCCAAAAAACGUUUUAAAAGAUAAGUCUGCUCAAGUUACUUGUGAUUCUGAUAACCAAGUUGAACCAAAAAAGCAGCAUGCUUCUGUUAAUGAAAAAGGUGUUUCAGAUGCUUCGUCAAUGUCAAGGUCUUUAAAUUUCGAUAAAGACAGUGUUAAAACAAUCCCUAUUUUACGAGAAAAACUUUCUAAAGAUAAGUUAAAGCGACUUAGUCAACUGAAUAUUGAUGUAUGUCGUAAUUAUGAGAAUCAGAAAAAUUCAUUUUAUGAUGAUAAGUCCCCAGAAAUGCAGGUAGUAGUCAACUCACUUACACCAGUUUUGUCUCGCAGACGGUCACAUAAAAAUCGUGAAAUGCUGAGGAAUGAAGAAGAAAAGGAAAACAGUAUUAAUAAAAACGGCAUUAGUAUUAAACAUUCAAAUAAUUUGACCGUUCCUGAUGGUAACAUUACUUUAUCACAAGAAAUGUCAUCAACAUGGCAUGGGCCGCCUUCUCUUAAUCACCCUCAUCGUCCAAAAAUGGGUAUUGGCAUGGUGAUGUCAGAAAGCACACCGUUAUUUUCUAUCUUUGAGAAAAAUGCUUUGACGAAGUCUGCUAGCUUCCAUGUCAAUGGGACAAAUACUGUGCCUAAAAAUUUCUCAAAAACAAUUUUAGAUGCCAUGCAUAAAAGAUAUUGUUCACAUCAGUAUUCACAGAAAUUGGAUACCGGACCGAAAUCAACCCUUGUGAAAAUUCAUAAAGAAGAACAAUUUAUAGCGACACACAGUGUACGGAAACCUCCACAGACGUUAUCUUUGUCAACCGAUUGUGACACAUCUUCAAGCACAAGUUCCUCUCCCAGAAUACCACGCCUAACUACACCAUUAAUUACAGAGUCUGCAGAUUCUCCUUCUUCGGUCAAGAAAUUGAAUAUUGGAAACCAUGAGCGACAGCAAGCAGAAAUUGAAGCAGUGGAAGCAUGCAAGUGGUUGCGAGCAACAGGAUUUCCACAGUAUGCCCAGUUAUAUGAAGAUGGACAGUUUCCAAUUGAUAUAUCUGUCGUAGAAAAAGACCAUGAUUUUCUGGAUAGAGAUUCCAUACAGUCACUUUUUAGGAGACUCAACACAUUAAACAAAUGUGCUCUUAUGAAAAUAUAUGCCCAACCCAAAAAAGGGAUUGAAGAGUCAGAUGAUGAUGAUCUGUGUGCCUUAAGUGAUCGUUGGGAAUUCCAGAAAGAUUGUAGGAGAUGGUCGCGUAAGGAUAUAGAUCCUAACCUAGGUCGAGAUACGGUUAAAUCAUGUUCUAGUCACGAUAGUCUGUUAACCGAUCAAGAUAGUAGUAGUCAAGCAGGAGAUAGCCCUGUCUUAGAUUCCAAAAUGCCACAUGAUGAACACAACCUGCAUAAUAUGUUAGAACGACAACACUCAACACCAGAUUCUGGUACAUCAGCAUUUAUUGUCAGUCCCCGCCUUAAACGAGCAGCUAGUGAAAAAAUUAAAAGUGCCAAAAACUUGCUUAAAAAGAUGGAGAGCUUUAAAACGCGUCGAGGCAGGAAAUUUAACAACAACAAAAAUGUGUUUGAAAUAAGUGGACCAGUUAUUGCAGAUCGUGAUACAAUGCAAGCUAAAAUUCAACAUUUAAACUGUGUGGACAUAAGUCCAACUAGUGAAGAGUCACCUCAACUGCCAACAACCAAUUCAAAAUCUGUAGACCAAUCUAUGACUGAUGAUUCCAUGUUGAAUUCCUCUUUUCAUUCAGAUAGUGCUGGUGAUGCAAGCUCUAAAGCUUGCUCACCCAACUCACAAUUAAAUCAUUCAUCGGCCCUAAGUGAAUAUCACACAGCCAUGUCACAACUUUCACAAUCUUUUGACUCUGCAGACCUUCCCGGUAAUCGCUACACUAGUCGCAGAAAUCAGAGUGAUACAGACUUGCUUGAGAUUUUCUUGUUACCUCAAGGACAUCAACCAGGAAAAUUUCCUAUUAAUUUACAAAAUGGUUAUGUUGAUUCUGGUGGUAGUUGUAGCAUCAACUAUAGAACUGGUAGUUUUAGUUUGGGAAAAGAUUCCUACCGGGACACUGUUGAUUCUGAUGAUACUCUUAGUGCUAAAUCACAUUCUAAUUUCCGAAGACAAUUAUCCUUAGACACCAGUAUGUCUAAAUAUCGGUUCAGUGUUUAUGAUAACAUGUUAGAUUCAUUAGAUGAUACUAGUAGUGAGGAUAAUGUUUCUGAAGCCACAUUGGAUAUCUCUACGCCAAAUGAAGAACUGUCAAAAGCUCAACAAGAAUUGGAUAUGAUUUUACAUGAUCUAUUUGAAAAUAUAAAUGGGUUAAACAGAGCAAUACACGGUGAAGAUGAAGUUGAUGUACAGUCAAUGAUGAAAGGUGAAGAAAAGAAGUCAGAUAAAGUUAUUGUAGCGGAUGCUAACCAGAAUAAUAUUGAUACAUCAUCUAACAAUAAUAAUACUCUACACAUUGAUACAUCUCCAAGAGACAAGAGUAUGAUACAUAUUGAUACAUCCUCCAUGGCUGAUCCAACAUCCCCAGCUUCCCCAGUAUCACCAAUAGAAGCUAACUCUGUGAUCGACAAUAGUAUGGAUGGGGAUAAUGAUAUGACAAGUAACUCCUCAUCUUCUGUAGAUCCGAGCGACCAGGACAUUCCAAACGAAGAGUUCUCACCAGAUGAUUCGUUAGAUAAUGCCAAUAAUCGUGAGAGACGAGAUUCAGGAGUUGGUUCAUCAUUAACAAGAGCACCCAGUGAUAAAAAGAGGAAGAAGAUCCGAUGGCACAGUUUCCAGAAAUCUCAUCGACCAAGUUUAACAAGUCGUGAUCUUCAGAUCAACAGUUUAACAGUGGGACAAUUAUUAGUUCUUCGCAAGAUGUCCUUAUUGAAGUUAACUGCCAUCAUGGAGAAAUUUUGCCCAUCUAAUCGUACCACAGGAUGGAACUGGACAGUUCCCAGGUUCAUGAAAAGAAGCAAAACACCAGAUUACAGUGUUAAAAAUGUUUUUGGUAUUCCUCUUUCCCUGAUAUUACAAAGAACUGGUCAACCAUUACCUCAGUGUAUUCUGUAUGCAAUGAGGUAUUUACGAAACACAGCUGAAGAUGCAGUUGGCAUAUUUCGUAAAUCAGGGGUACGAUCCCGUAUCCAAAAGUUAAGAGAUGAUCUUGAAGAACGACCAGAUACUUGUAAUUUUGAUGAUCUGCAGGCCUAUGAUGUAGCUGACAUGUUUAAACAAUUUUUCCGUGAAUUACCAGAGUGUCUUUUAACAGUGAAAUUAUCAGAAACAUUCAUCAGUAUAUUUACAUAUGUUCAGCCAAAUUUACGACUGGAAGCUAUGCAAGCUGCAAUAAUUUUGUUACCAGAUGAAAAUCGUGAAGUUCUUCAGGCUUUGUUAUUAUUUCUGAGUGAUAUUUCACAACAGUCAACUGUUCAUCAGAUGACUGCCAGUAACUUAGCUGUGUGUUUCGGGCCCUCUCUCUUUAACAUUGGGGGACUGCGAGCCACUAGUACUCCUAGCCCUAAACCUAAACAUAGGAAAAAUCUAGGAGUUCCAGAUGCCAAGGAACUUAUGGAACAAAAGGCAGCUUUAGAAUGUUUGACAUACAUGAUCAUAGAAUGUAAAAAGAUGUUUAUGAUUCCUCCCUGGAUAUAUUCUAGACUACAUAUUUCAUCUGAUAAAAAUGAGCCUGCACCUCUGGAACAGUAUUAUCAGAAGAAUAAUACUGGUCAACCUGAUGUUAGAUCUUUUGGUGAAGAUACCAUUCAGCAGUUGCUGAAAGAGGCUCAUGAGAAGAAUAGGGGUUGGUUGUCCUUUUCAUCCCAGAAUGCAGUUGAUGUAUGCUACAGAAAACCACAUGACUCCCAUCCACUACGUGAAUGGAAAUGUACUGUUGAAAUAGAAGCCCCACCUGUUGAAGUUUUAAACAGACUAUUACAUGAAAGGCACAUGUGGGAUGAGGACAUGUUAAGUUGGGCUGAAGUGAACCAAAUCUCUAAUAAUGCUGAUGUUUUUCAGUACAUUUCUAACAGUAUGGCCCCACAACCAACUCGACAUUACUGUCUUCUCAGGUAUUGGAGAACAGAUCUAGCUAAAGGUGCUUGUGCAAUGGUGUCCUGUAGUUUUAACUGUGCAGAUGUACCAGAGACAAAAGGUGUCAGAGCCAUUGAACUUGCUUCACAUUUCCUUAUUGAACCGUGUGGUGCUGGAAAAUGUAGAAUGAUUCACAUAGCUCGGACAGACACAAAGGGUCGAAACCCAGAGUGGUACAAUAAAGCUUAUGGAUAUAUAGUAGCAAACUACAUUGAAAGAAUCCGGGAAACAUUUCAUCAAAACAUUGCUGUGGAUAGUCGGGAAACAAGUGUGUAAUUGCAAUCAAAGAGCCAUGCAAUUUGGAUUCGUUUUUUUAAAAAAAAGAUAUCUGUAAAUAUUCUUUCAAAAUCUGUGAUCUGUACAAAAUAACUGUUGAUAUUGAAUUCUAUUUUUUUCACUCUCAUAAAAUAUUAUCCACAAAAAUAUUCCAAAUGUGUGUUGAAAUAUGGAUAAUUUCAAUUAAUUUACGGUCAAGGCUAAGGUGAAAGAAUGCUAUGAUUCCAGUCAAAUAUUCUUAAAAUAAUAUCUGAGCAAAAGAUGUGCGUGAAAAGUAUUCUUAUGUAACUGAUCCAGAAAACAGACAGAUGCACUGCUGGACAUAAUAUUAAGUUUUCUGUAGUGAGAGUAUUUGAUCUUACUAGGACAAUUUUGUGUUCUGGAAAAAAACAAUUUAAUACAGAUAUUGAAAACUGUGUUCCGGCAGGGAUAUUGAUAUGAAACUGCAUUAAUGAUAUUAUACAAGGACACAGCAUAAGGAACUAUAUAUUAUAGACUUGUUCAGCUUCUGUUAAAUAGUGCUAAAAUAAACAGUUUAUUAUUCACAUGUAUAUAGCAAUUAAUAUGAGCUAGAUUAUUAGAAACUAAGAAUUCAUGUGCUUCAUUAAAGUAAUUUUACGCUGGUUAUAAAAUGCUAUGAUAUGUAAUGUGUAUGAAUUACAUUCUGUCAAUUAGAAAAUACUUAUGAAUUAAUAGCUAUGUAUACAAUUUAUCAGUUACUUUGUGCCAUGACAUUACUUGUAUAAUUAAGUUCUAUAGUGACUUUAUAUUACAACAAAAUCCCAUUUAUUGGAACUAUGUAUGGAAGUCUGUACAUUAUAUAAAUAACUGAAGUAAUAUCAUGAUAAUAAUUACUAUUAUUUUAUCAAUAUCAGGAUAGUAAUACCCUUCAUCUGUUUAAACUACAUUAAAUCACUUUUAUCACAUUUUGUCACCCUGUAAAUAUCAAAAUAUUCCGAAAUGUAUAUAAAUGUAUACCAUUCUAAUUGUAGGAUUAUGCCUACCUAUCAGCCACACAUCCCAGAUUAUUUAUUGCACUACAAUACAUGUGCAUUUUUGUGUUGAUGAAUGUUCAUACAGUGUAUGGUAGUGGUAAUAACUUGAUAAGAUGUAGUAUUAAGAAACUUUUAGGGCUGCGAGGGAAAUUAGUGAUAAUAUAGAUAUAGCUUUCAAAAAUUAAGAACUUCAUUUCAAAUAUAAAAAUACUGGUGUAAAGCUAACAAACAUAUUUACCUCGACAGUUACAUGAUAUUAUAAACAAUUAUUUAAGUGGUUUGCGCUUAUUCAUUGCAUACAAUCUGUAUCAUAAAGUCUGAGUUACUCUAAUCUUAUCUCAAUUAUUAAAUCAUGCUUUUCAUUUGUUUUAUGCUUUUAAAAUUUCAUCAUAUGUAUUUUUUACUUUGGUUUGGGUUUGUUAUUCUGUAGCAUUUAAAAGAUUAGAAUUGAUAUCAUGCAACAAAUUAAAUAAAUUUUAAAGAUGUAUUAUGUAAGAUUUAGAUUAUGAGCUGUCCGAUCUGGCCAUAAUAGUUUAAAAAUAGAUAAUAACAAGGAAUAUACAGAACAUUUCAGUCAAAUUACUUUAUUCUGAGCAAAGUUAUCAGUGUUUGAAGUUUUGAUAAAAAUAUCAUACCUGUAGUCUCGAUUUUCAUUGCUACUCUGGUUACAAUAAUAAACAAAGUCUUGUUAAUCCAUUUAUUAAAUUAAAUUAUUAAAUGAUGAUCGUGCUUCAAUACAUUAAAAAUUGGAGCCAUCUGAUGAUCUAGAGAAUUUAUUUUGAGCUGGUCAUAUACAUAAAUGUCAAUUUAAUGUCAAAAGAAAGAUCUGCAAUAGAUAGAUUGGCUCUUACAUAAUGCAUCAUUAACAGCAGGUUAUAAUCAGAGCUUUGCUGUAGCAUAAAGCUUUCAAUUACUUUACAAUAUUAACUUACCCUUAAUUAAGAUUGCAGCAUUCUAUAUUACCUCAUUUUAAAUGGCAUAAACUUUAAAUAUAUUAAAAUAUAUUCAUACAUUAUAUUUCCAUCAGAUUUUUAUGGCUGUCAUUACAUAGUUAUACAGAGAUAAAUUCAAGUUAUUCACCAAUGAUUUUCAUUCUUUGUGUUCAUAUUUUAGUGCUGAGCAUAAUAAUAUUUUGUAUCUAUCUGACAAAAAAGUUAAUUUAUCAGAUUUUAUUAUAUUUAUCUUAAAUCAUCAUGGUGUUUCAGUAAUUGGUAUCAUUAUUCAGUUUUUAAUCAUAGAGAUUGUUUUCAUGUCUUAUCUCAAGUUUUGUAUAUCUUUGGAUCACUUUUAAAACAUGUUAUGCAUUGUUAAAUGUUGCACAAUAUUGGUUAAAUUCCUUUCAUAUAACUUUACACAAUUUCACUGUUCAAAAAUGUGGCACUCGAUGUUGAAUUAUUUUUCUGUUGAAUUUACAAUUAUUUCUCGUCCAUUUAUUGUUCUUUAAUCUGGUCCAUACGAACUAUAUAUAUUCGUGAAGAAAUAUGUUGAUGUGAACUAUGUUUGUUGAGUGUUCAGAUUGUUCUAUAUAAUCUAGGUAUAUGAACACAGUAAGAGAAUGUAUCUACUAUCAUUCAAUCAUGUCCAGGCAAUAUAUUCUCUAUUAUAAUAUUAUUGAUGACCUGCUAAUGUUAUGAUAUUAAAACUUAUCAUUA